UGCCCUCCCUCGGACUGUCAUGGCGGCGCCCGUUCCGGGGAUCAGGGAAAUUGCCGGGCGAGAUGGACUUCGUGAUCCUCUUCGGCCUGUACCUCGGCCUGGUGCUGCUCAGCGUGGCGGUCUGCGUCUCCUCCCGACGGGAGCAAAGCUUCUCUUGGAGGCUCAUCAGGGGCACAAUUGAAGUAUUCUCCUAUGUCAUUCCAGCUCCAGUUCAAAGAGGAGCUCAGAAGGCAAUUCAGGGACUCUUCCAUUCCAGGAAUUCUUUCUUUGUGGUCUUGCACUUGAUCUUGGAAGGGCUGGUUUAUGGCGAGUAUACCUGGGAAGUCUUCAGCUACUGCCAAGAGCUGCAGUUCAGCAGGCUCAUCCUCUUUCUUCCUUAUCUCCUGUUGGCUGUGAAUGCAGCUUUCUUCAUCCUCUGCUCCAGGAGUAACCCAGGUAUCAUCACCAAAUCCAACCAGCUUCUCUUUCUUCAUGCAUAUGCAUACGACGGUCUGAUGUUUCAAGAAGAUGCUGAAUGCCCUACCUGCGCAGUGAGAAAGCCAGCCCGAUCCAGGCACUGCGGUGUGUGCCGUGGCUGCGUGCAUCGUUUUGAUCAUCACUGUGUUUGGGUCAACAACUGCAUUGGCGCCUUCAACAUCCGGUUUUUCCUUUGCUACCUGCUGACUUUGACCUCCAUGGCUGCUUCUGUUGCAGCUGUAACGGCCAGCUUUCUCAUCCAGGUGGUCCUUUUGUCAAAUCUUACAUUGGGACAUUACACUGAUGACCAAGGUCAAGAGCAUCCAGUUGAUACCUUCUUCCUGAUUCAGCAACUUUUCCUGACCUUUCCUAGAAUUGUAUUCAUGCUGGGUUUUGUCAUCCUUCUGUUGGUCAUUCUGGGCUCCUAUUUCUGCUUCAUCCUGUACCUUGUACUGACCAACCAGACGAGCAACGAAUGGUUUAAAUCAGCAAGAUACACACACUCAUACUCAGAGCAAUACAGCAGACAGGAAGGCUAUAGAAAUAUCUACUCCAAAGGAGUCUGGGCCAAUCUGGCAGAAAUUGUGAGGCCUCUGACGAGUCCUGUGAAGAAAAGGAAGUGAAGCCUUGCACCUGUGGAGCUGGCAAAACAAGAGUUUUCGCAUUACAAACUUAACCUUUCAUGGAAUGAAGUUUUUAUUCUGUCUACUAAAGGACUAUUCAGAAGCGGAAAAAUGAGCUAACGUAUUAGAUUUGUUAAUGUGCACACCCAGUGCUAUUGUUUGCACUUUUAAAAGUUUGCCUGCUUAAAAGCCCUGGGGAGGAGGUGAUGCAUUGUUAUUGUGGUGGUGUGAUUGGUCGCAGUUUGUUUUUAGACACAAUUUGGCAUUUUUAUCCACCUAUUGAGUACUUUCCAAGGACCUGGGAAAAGCAGAUGAUGUUGGAGGCUGUUAAAAGAUCUCAUUGCAGGAUUUAGGCCGUUCUGAGUCAAGCUGCCUUUUGCAAUUGACUGGU